AUGCCUAAGGCUAUUAUUAUUGAUAGAGGAACACACUUUUGCAAUAAAACCUUUGGUUCCCUUCUUGAAAAGUACCAUGUGACUCAUCGAGUAGCUACUGCAUACCAUCCGCAAACUAGUGGUCAGGUUGAAGUGUCUAAUAGAGAAAUAGAGUCUAUCCUAGAAAAAAUGGUCAAUCCAAAUAGGAAAGACUGGAGUCUUCGUUUAGAAAUUGAGCAUAAAUCUUUCUGGGCAGUGAAGCAAUGUAACUUAGACUAUGAUUCUGCUGGAAAAGAGAGAAAGUUACAGCUCCUUGAGUUAGAAGAACUAAGGCUUGAAUCUUAUGCAAAUGCUAAAAACUACAAAGAUAAAACUAAAGCAUUCCAUGAUAAAAUGAUAGCUAGGAAGUCUUUUCAAGUUGGCCAGAAAGUUCUUUUAUUUAAUGCUAGACUGAAAUUAUUUCCUGGAAAAUUGCAAACUAGAUGGCUUGGCCCCUUUGUUGUUACUAAUGUGUUUCCUCAUGGUGCAGUGGAAAUAAAGGACUUUGGUACUGACAAAACUUUCAAAGUAAAUGGUCACAGAUUGAAGCCUUUCUAUGAUGAAGCUUAUGUGCAGAUGAUCGAAGAUGUCACGUUUGAGGAAAUCUGA